GUCCCCCGGGCCGCCCUCCAGCUUCCCCGCCGCCGCCUCAGCCUGGCGGUCCGGCCGCCGCGGUCCCGAGGGCGCAUCCUGCCCCCACCCCGGCGCCGACUGGAGGGCUGGCUAGAAUGGCCUGGCAGGCCGCAUCCGACCCACGCGGGGCUAACUCGGGGAGAGCCGGAGCCUGAGUUUUAGUGAGCUGGAGCUCGGGUCCAUCGGAUGCUGUGAGAGCCAGAGGUGUUUUGUCCAGGAUCAAGUAGAACAUACUGAAUCAGCAGAACUGGCUCAUUGUGCAGCAGUCAUCAUGAAUAGGCACAGGGUCAUUUGUUUCUUAACACAUGUAUAAGAGAAAAAGGUUCAGGCAAGGAACUGGGAGGCAUUUCCUGACAAAUGGAGAACUAUUUCCAAGCAGAGGCAUAUAACCUCGAUAAGGUUUUAGAUGAAUUUGAACAGAAUGAAGAUGAUGCUGUUUCACCUACAUUAUUGGGUGCAAAGUGGAAUCAGAUUUUAGAGCCCCCGUCUCAUCGUCUCUCAUUUAAUCCAGCUCUGACCAACACAAACGAUGCUACAAUUCCUAAUGAGUGUCAGCAAAGAUUAAAAUCUUUUUCCCUGGCUCAUUCAGCCACCACAUCAACAGGAGCAGGGGACAGCUGUGCUAAUGGAAAAGAUCUUAGCAUAAACUCAGAGACCCCAACCAUGUGGAUUGAUGACCAGGCAACAGCAGAUGAUCAGUUAAUUAAGAGAAAUAGUAAUUGGGAUGAUCAGUGUAAUACUUUGGAAACAGGAGAAAACAAAUGUGGAAAUAUAGCCUGCUUGCCAGAAGAAAAAAACGUUCUAGUGGUGGCAGUCAUGCAUACCUGUGACAAAAGGACACUACAAAGUGAUGAUUUGUUGGAUUGUAAAAAUUACAACAGUCAGUCUCUAAUGGACACUAUUAGCUUUACACUGGAUAAUGAAAACCGUCAGAGUGAUCAGUUUACUGUUACGGUAAAUGGAUCUACUGAAAAAGAUACAGAUACAGAGAAACAAGGAGUACAGUUAGAUCAGCUGUACACUGAGGAUGACUCUGUUAAACAUUUGGUUUGUGCUUCCUCUGAAAGCUUGUCUGUUGCUUGCUCCACCUCUCAAUUAAAGGAUGAUUUUAAUAAGAGUAGAGACCCUCUGUUCUCAGAGUCAAUAGUUGCAGGGACAAAUGUUGUGACCUUGUUGCAGAGGCCUGUGGAUGGUACCAUUAAAGCUCAAGAAUGUUGUGCAUCAGUUGAAGAUUUUACUAACAAAGACAUUACUCAGAGAACAGAUCUGGAAGCUAAAAACUCUUCUCCUGGUUCAAGUAAUGGAAGCUGCAUUGUAGAAGAUGCUACAAAGGAACAAGCAGCUGAACAGUUUCAAUCUAGGCUACCUGGGCUCUCUGAGACUUGUCAGCCUAAUGUGUCUGAAAGUGGCAAUUACAGUGAACACUUUACAGAAUGUUUUGCCUCUGAGGAUGUUAGUGCUGUUGAAAGUGAAGUCAGUGAAUGUGAAAAAAUUCUCAGCACGACUGAAUUGCUGAGCGUGGCAGAGUGUUUCCCUGAAUCUCAGGAGAUGACUAAUUGGGAAUUGACUAAAGUGAAUGAGAUGAAUAAUAAGCAAACUCUUGGAGAGAAUGAAAGACUGUUGCAGAUGAAACAGCCUGAGGAGGCUUGUAGUAGUAGUAGAGAAGGCGGAGAUGGGAUGAUGGAGGCAGGCAUGGACUUAAAGGGGACUUGUAUAGAUGAUCUUGAAGGGUCCAGUCUCUCUGAUGUUAUGGGUACGUCAGCAGCGAGCUCUCUGUCUAAUGGUUGUGAUUCCUAUGGAAUGCAGAACCCGAUUGUUGCUCAUAUUCCAAAGACUUUACCCUCCAAGGAAGACUCAGUGACAGAGGAAAAGGAGAUAGAGGAGAGCAAGUCAGAAUGUUACACUAAUGUUUAUGAACAGAGAGGAAAUGAGGUCACGGAAGGGAGUGGUGUCAUUUUAAACAGCACUGAUGACCAAAUGAAGAAAAAUUACUUGCAUAAUCUCUGCAGUCAGGUACCAUCUGUGCAAGGGCAGACAUCACCAAAAACAGUAACUAAUCUGCAGCCUAUCAGUGUUCCUUUUGGUGGUGCAAGACCCAAACAACCUACAAAUCUUAAAUUGCAAAUUCCAAAGCCAUUAUCGGACCAUUUACAGAAUGACCUUGUUCCCCCAAACUGUGGAGGUAAUAUUAAAAAUAAAAAUGUCUUUGGUAAGGCAAAAUUAGGGGAAACCUUGGCAGCAGAUAUGUUUCCUGGUGAGACAUCGUUAAAUACCUCUAUUGCUGAUACCAACGGGGAACAUUUAGAAGAGUAUGAGUCUGGGGUCUCUAGUAGUCCGUGCCUUGCAGUAGCCCCAGAUAGUCCAGAUAAUGAUCUCAGAGCUGGUCAGUUUGGAGCUCCCACCAGAAAGCCAUUUACUACUUUGGGUGAGGUGGCUCCAGUUUGGGUUCCAGAUUCUCAAGCGCCAAACUGCAUGAAAUGUGAGGCCAGAUUUACAUUCACCAAAAGGAGGCAUCAUUGCAGAGCUUGUGGGAAGGUUUUUUGUGCAGCAUGCUGCAGUUUGAAAUGCAAGUUGCUGUACAUGGACCGAAAAGAAGCCAGAGUGUGUGUAAUCUGCCAUUCAGUACUAAUGAAUGCUCAAGCCUGGGAGAACAUGAUGAAUGCCUCAAGCCAGAGUCCUAACCCUAACAAUCCUGCUGAAUACUGUUCCACUAUCCCUCCCUUGCAGCAAGCUCAGGCCUCAGGAGCACUGAGCUCUCCACCUCCCACGGUGAUGGUUCCUGUGGGAGUUUUAAAACACCCUGGCACAGAAGUGGCACAACCUAGAGAACAAAGGCGUGUCUGGUUCGCUGACGGCAUAUUACCUAAUGGGGAAGUGGCUGAUGCAGCAAAAUUGACGGUGGCUGGGACAGCUCCUGCGGGAACCUUAGCAGUGUCACAUGAUCCAUCCAAGCCUGUGACCAACAACAGUUCAUCCGCAGAAACUGAUAACACAUCUGCGUUCUCGGGAAGUAUAACUCAGGUUGGCAGUCCAGUUGGCAGUGCGAUGAAUCUAAUCCCUGAAGAUGGUCUUCCUCCAAUUCUCAUCUCCACUGGAGUAAAAGGAGAUUAUGCUGUAGAAGAAAGACCUUCUCAGAUAUCCGUAAUGCAGCAGCUGGAGGAUGGUGGCCCUGACCCUCUUGUGUUUGUUUUAAAUGCAAAUUUGCUGUCGAUGGUUAAGAUUGUAAAUUACGUGAACCGGAAAUGCUGGUGUUUCACUACAAAAGGAAUGCAUGCAGUGGGGCAGUCUGAGAUCGUGAUUCUCCUGCAGUGCUUGCCUGAUGAAAAAUGUUUGCCCAAGGAUAUUUUUAAUCACUUUGUACAGCUUUAUCGGGAUGCCUUGGCAGGUAAUGUCGUGGGCAACUUGGGGCACUCCUUUUUCAGCCAGAGUUUCCUUGGCAGUAAAGAACAUGGCGGAUUCUUAUACGUGACAGCUACGUAUCAGUCACUGCAGGACCUGGUGCUCCCUACGCCGCCCUACUUGUUUGGGAUUCUCAUUCAGAAAUGGGAGACUCCCUGGGCUAAGGUAUUCCCCAUCCGACUGAUGCUGAGGCUUGGAGCUGAAUACAGACUUUAUCCCUGCCCACUUUUCAGCGUGAGAUUUCGUAAGCCAUUGUUUGGGGAAACUGGACACACCAUUAUGAAUCUUCUGGCGGACUUCAGAAAUUACCAGUAUACAUUGCCGGUGGUCCAAGGCUUAGUGGUUGAUAUGGAAGUGAGGAAGACCAGCAUCAAAAUUCCCAGCAACAGAUACAACGAGAUGAUGAAAGCCAUGAACAAGUCCAACGAGCACGUUCUAGCCGGGGGAGCUUGCUUCAAUGAGAAAGCAGACUCGCACCUCGUGUGUGUCCAGAACGAUGACGGGAACUACCAGACGCAGGCCAUUAGUAUUCACAAUCAGCCGAGAAAGGUGACUGGUGCCAGCUUCUUUGUGUUCAGUGGAGCUUUAAAAUCCUCUUCAGGCUACCUUGCCAAGUCCAGUAUUGUUGAAGAUGGUGUAAUGGUCCAGAUAACUGCCGAGAACAUGGACUCCCUGAGGCAGGCUCUGAGAGAGAUGAAAGACUUCACUAUCACUUGUGGCAAAGCAGAUGCUGAAGAGCCUCAGGAACAUGUUCAUAUUCAGUGGGUAGAAGAUGACAAAAACUUUAACAAGGGUGUUGUAAGCCCCAUUGAUGGCAAAUCCAUGGAGUCUAUAACAAGUGUGAAGAUAUUUCAUGGCUCAGAGUAUAAAGCAAAUGGCAAAGUCAUCAGGUGGACGGAGGUGUUUUUUCUGGAGAAUGAUGAACAGCAUAAUGGUCUAAGUGACCCAGCAGAUCACAGCAGACUGACCGAGAACGUAGCCAAGGCUUUCUGCUUAGCACUCUGUCCUCAUCUGAAGUUACUGAAGGAGGAUGGGAUGACUAAGCUCGGUCUGCGUGUCACACUUGACUCGGAUCAAGUUGGUUAUCAAGCUGGGAGUAAUGGACAGCCACUGCCCUCUCAAUACAUGAAUGACCUGGACAGUGCCUUAGUGCCAGUGAUUCAUGGAGGGGCAUGUCAGCUGAGUGAGGGGCCAGUCAUAAUGGAACUCAUCUUUUAUAUUCUGGAAAACAUCUCAUAAGAGGACUUCAUUUUCUGUUCAGACCUGUUCCAGCAGCAGUUGUAUCUGAAUCAUUUGCACUUUAAAACUGGAAGAUUAAGCUUUUGUUAACACUAUUAUUAAGGGGAGGGGGGCGGGAGGCGGGUGGGAGGGGACAGUUGUUCCAUACUUCUGAAUCUUCUAUGCAUUGUCAACAAACAGAGGAUCAGGGCAGCUUCUAUACUACAAAAUGGCUAUGCUCUCCUUGCAGCUAAUAUACUUCUGUUACUGUUUAGAAAAAUAAUGCUCAUGUUUAAAGACUUAAUGACAGUUAUGUACUCCAGAUGCUCAGAUGGGUGCAGAGAUCACUGGGGCAAAAAUAAAAGAUGAAACCUGUACUGUUUGUAGAUGGACAUAUGAGAAGAAACAAUCAAGACCUCCAUUCUGACCUCAUCACAAUGCCGUUUGUGGUUGUUCUGUAGACAUUAAAAAGUAACGUUUA